CGGCCGGCCUCCGCCAUGUUGGGAAGGUCACGUCGGCUGCGUCACCGCCCCGCCCCGCCCCGCCCCGCCCCUCCCGCGCUGCCGCUGCGCCCAUCACUUCCGGUCGCGCCAGCCGCCAGUUGCCAGUCCUGCGCGUCUAAGUCUCUUUCGCCUUGCUGCGGGCUUUCUUCGCUCGCAGCGCGGCAGGGUUCUCACCAGAGCCGGGCUUUCCCCUUCUUGCCGUCAGGUGCUACAGCCACGUGGCCUGGGGCUUUCCGCUCGCGCAGUCUGGCAGCCCGGAGCCUUACGCGGGCCCCCGCCCGCCCGGGGCCCCACGACGCCCCACUGGGCGAGCACGAUUUCCGCGGACACGGGGUCCGGGCCCAGCGCUUUCGAUUCUCGGAGGAGCCGGGCCCGGGGGCCGACGGCGCCGUCCUGGAGGUCCACGUCCCGCAGGUCCUGCAUCUCCAGUAUGGAAUGUAUGUUUGGCCCUGUGCUGUGGUCCUGGCCCAGUACCUUUGGUUUCACAGAAGAUCUCUGCCAGGCAAGGCCGUCUUAGAGAUUGGAGCUGGAGUGAGCCUUCCAGGAAUUUUGGCUGCCAAAUGUGGUGCAGAAGUAAUACUGUCAGACAGCUCAGAACUGCCUCACUGUCUGGAAGUCUGUCGGCAAAGCUGCCAAAUGAAUAACCUGCCACAUCUGCAGGUGGUAGGACUAACAUGGGGUCAUGUAUCUUGGGAUCUUCUGGCUCUACCACCACAAGAUAUUAUCCUUGCAUCUGAUGUGUUCUUUGAACCAGAAGAUUUUGAAGACAUUUUAGCUACAAUGUAUUUUUUGAUGCACAAGAACCCCAAGGUCCAAUUGUGGUCUACUUAUCAAGUUAGAAGUGCUGACUGGUCACUUGAAGCUUUACUCUACAAAUGGGAUAUGAAAUGUGUCCAUAUUCCUCUUGAGUCUUUUGAUGCAGACAAAGAAGAUAUAGCAGAAUCUACCCUUCCAGGAAGACAUACAGUUGAAAUGCUGGUCAUUUCCUUUGCAAAGGACAGUCUCUGAAUUAUACCUACAACCUGUUCUGGGACAAUGUCAAUACUAAUGAGCGACCCGGCACACAAACUAUGAGCAGACCACUUCAGCUUGAGAAUGCAGUGGGUCUGGAGAUGGUCAAGUCUGUUUGCCUUAGAUUUUGGUGUCAGCUAGACAACACUUAACUCAUAUGAAACAAAAAUUAAAAUACGUAUUACAAGUA